AUGAGCAAGGGAAUUGACAUCUCCAGGAAAUGUGAUAAAACUUGUCUGGAAAAUAAAAAUGUAACUGUAGAGAGUGGGUUGGUAAAUGGUCUUUCUGAUUAUGGUUACAUCACUCACCAGAGCGAUAAUGGAGUUCCUAUAACUCAGCUUGGAUACGGUGCAAAGCGUAUCCAAAACAUAGAAAACCGUAGUAUUCAAGAAGUGACUGUUUACUACUAUGAGAAGUAUGAAACGAACCCAGAUAUAAUAAAUAGGCCUCUUUUCCUAAGGGUGUAUUACGGAGGAAUGCGUUACCUCUAUAAAAGUAUUAUCACUGGAAGUAGCAUAGAGUGGAAUGACAUUACUUCUAAUUUUGGUGGGAUUCCAACGGAGAACAAAACUACACCUAAUUUCACUGAAAAAAUAAAGGUACAGACAUGUGAACUAUAUAGCCCUCAUUCUGUUGACAUUUAUGAGGACCGGAGUUAUUCUUGCCCAUGCGAAAGUAUAAAUCUGAAUGUAGAGAAAUCUCUUAAUAAGGAUGGAAUAAAGGGAUAUAUCAGUUACCUUCACAGGUAUGAAGAUACUAUAACAAGAGUCAGAUAUAAGGGUGCCAUUCUUAAAUGGAAAGGUGAAGGUGUUGAGGAUGAGGAAAUUCCACUUAGCGAGGUCAUUAAAAAUCUAACAGUAUAUUACUGGGACCAAGACAAAGAUCAUAGAAAGGGACCCUUACUCAUGGAAGUAUACGUCGGAGUGAUACCAGUUCUAGUAGGUAAUAAUGGAGAAUCAGACAACGGUAACUGGACUAUGAUAGGCAUAGAACCUGUAUCCAAGGAUAACCUCCAUAAACAAAAGUGCAAGCUCUUUAGACCAGUAGAUAUAAACGUCUCAGCAAAAAGUCAUUACAAUAAUGAUUACUGUAAAAAUGAUAUGGGAAAUGAAUGUACUAAUGAAGUAACGGUGGAAAAUCACGAUGGUCCUACACCAAAGGGAUACGCUGCUCUUAAGCACACCUAUGGGAAUGGUGAGGAAGGGGAUAAGAAGACAUUUACAGUAACUGGUUUCAAAAACGGUUCCUUUCUUCAGGAGUUAAUUCCUCCACUAUGGAAUGUUACAAAAGUAGUAGUCUUCCUCACCUCUUGUGCUGGUCCUAGUGACCCAGCUUCCAACACACCUCUACUGGUUUACGUUAAAAAAUCUGAUGAAGGAACUAAAGAGACUCACAAUUGGUACAGUAGGACAAGUAGGGACGGUAGUAAGUGGACAGAAGAAGGUGACCUAGAAGGUAAUGAUCCACAGACAGCUUAUAAGAAUGGUUAUCUUGUAACAACUCUGAAUAGGAUUAAGAGCGAGCUAAGUAUUGAGUGUCAAGAAGAUAUCCAAAGAGAGCUUAAAAAGAAGAAACUGGAAGAGGCUGAAGCACAAAUACAACUAAGUCAAUCUGCUUCUAUUAGUGGUAGUAGUGCUAAAGAUGGAGAGCUAUGUAAAGCGAUCGGUACCAUUCUAGGGCUUGGAUCAAUUGCAGCUGCCGAAGUAGGACUAGGCGUUACGAAGGAACUUCUUGAAUGGGCUGAUGAACUUGGACUAGAUGCAUCAGCUUUAGCUCUUAACCUAGUCGGGGAGGCUCUUGGACUAGCUAAUAUCGUUCUUGCUAGUGGAGAUAAAGAAGAAUCUGAAAAAGAAGCCAAACCUCAUGCCUCUGUUCUUGUUGAAGGUGCUAGAAGUAGUGUUGAAGUUAGUAGAGCUGGAGCUCCUCAACCUGAUAACCAAGUUAAUAAUGAUCAUGAUAAAGCUUCUGGUAUACCUAGUGGUCCUACUCCUAUUCUUGCUGGACCCACUACUCUUGGAGCUAUUGAAGUACAAGACGCUGGUUCUGGAGUUCAAGAAAAAGGUGCUCCUGGCACAGAAAGAGAAACUGGUAGUAGAGGUAGUGUUGGUCAGGCUGGAUCUGAAGGUGGUUCUAGAGAUAGUGAAGCUGAUACUGGUGGAAGAAUUGCUAGUCCUCCUGGUAUAAAUAGUUAUCAAGGUGGCAAAGGUGAUGGAACUGAAAAAGGCUCUGGUGAAGGUGGUGCUGAUGGAGAUGAGCAACCUACUGACUCUGCACAUCUUAGAACACAAGAUGUUAAUCAAGAAUCUAUUGUAGAUUCUAACCAAUCUAAUGUCUCAUCUGACCAAACUGAUACUACUUCCAUUGUAACUCCUAGUGGUACAGUCCCUCAAACUACUGCUUCCGAAGAAGAAUCUCGUACUGAUCAUCCCACUUUUAAAGGAUCCCCUGUUCCUGGUGCUAAAGCUGCCACUCCUCGUACUGCUACUACUACUGUUGCUAAUGAUGGAUCUCAUCCUGAUACCUCUGAAACUACUCAACCUUCUGGAGUUCCUGAAGGACAAGGCCUUCCUGCUACUUCUUCUGAAGGUAAACAUACUACUGAUGCUCCUGGUUCUACUCUUCCUUCUGAUUCUGAAGAUCCUACUACUCCUGCACGUUCUACUGGUGGACUUCUUGAAGUUCCUGUUGUUGCUAGUAUAGCUGGAUAUUUCUUUGCUGGUUCUGCAGGAGCUGGUGGUCUCACUGGACUUGGUUGGUGGGCAUUUAAACGUUCUAGAGGAGAUCCAUGGGUUAUACAUGGAUAUCCUAGAGUGUUUAAAGAAUGUACCAUAUUGAGUAUGCAUAGACUCUUCAUAGUUAUCACCAUUCAUCCAUAUUGCCCAUUCUGCUCAGACCAGUUGAGACAUUAA